AUGGCGACCCUCUUCUUCAGUUUCGGCGGUUUAUUCCAGGUCUCCGUCCUCCUCGUAAACGCAAUCGCAAUCCUCUCCGAAGAUCGCUUCCUCGCACGAAUCGGCUGGGGUUCAUCCCAGCAAUCAGAACCUUCCUUUGGCGGCGGAAUGCAAGAUGCAAGCGUCAAGUCCAAAAUUAUAAAUCUUAUAAAUUCAGUGAGGACGCUGAUGAGGAUACCUCUGAUCUUCCUUAAUGUUCUGAUCAUUGUGUGGGCGGUUGCGUUUGGUUGA